GAGUGAAGAGGACGAUUACUUCGCUGUCGACCUUACCACGUUUCUCAAGCAGUUGAAAAUGUUAAAUGGAACAGUGGUCACGUCCGAUCAAAACACACCUAACGCUUCUACCAGCAGCAAUUCAGUAAGCCGAGCUGUUUCUCGGCAGCAGAGUCCAUCGGACGAUUUACUUGAGGAAAGCAGGUUGCAGCAGCAGCACCAGCCACGGAGACAAAGUAUCUCGUUGAAUGCCGGGCGCACGAACGCUCCUUUCCCAUCAAAUUAUCAGGCUCUGGUCGAAGAGACGCGCUGCGAGAUCGUCCAAUUGGAACGGCCGCGCACGAACAUCACCACGAUCAGCAGCAGCAGCAGCGCCCACCAAGGCAAUGGCAGUGGCAUCGCGAUGAUCAUCAAUACGAGCGGAGGGGGCAACAACAGCAUCCAUCGGAAGCUGCUGCGUGACGCGAGUCCUUUCCUAUUUCCGUGCACGAUCGAGUUCAGCCUCAUCUGCGCGGUCAUCCUUUACGAGAUGUGGCGGCGCAUAGACGAGCGUAGGUGCAAUAAAGAGGCUAAGGGUUACUUGUUGCCCUCGUCACCCACGGUGGUAGCUACGUGCGAUUAUGUCACUCAGAGGUCUACUCAUCAACUCAGCAUCGAUUGCGGCAGUGCACACAGAGGGCUAUUCGGAGGCGUUUUGGUGGUUGCUGCAACGGUACUGAGCCUCAUCAUGUUUUUCGUGUUGAAGGAAGCAAAACCACAGAUGGCCGUUCAACAAGUAACUCUGCUUGAAGUCGCAAUUCAAAUAUCAG